GCAGAACAACAUGGGUGAAGUGAAUAUAUUUGUCGGCAAUGACACUUUGAUAGACACUGAUAUAUAUGAAUUGUGGCUGAAGGGGUACACAGCACACGAAGCAGCAGUGGUUCAGCAACAGAAAGGAAUCUUGCAGCAGUAUGGGGCCACGUUUGAAAUGUUGUUCAGUGACACUGUGGACCAUUACCGCACCUUUAGCAUGCUGGAGAGGUUUUACAAAUACCCCAGCAAACUGAUUGACACACCUGUCUUUCAAAUUAACCCAGAGACAAAAAAGAUGCUGAUUGAAAGGUAUUAUGAAUUUGAUCCUGAAGUGGUCAGAGAGUUCCUUGGAAAGAAGUUGUCAUCGAGAAACAGAAAGGAUCUCGAUGAUAUCAGUGAAAAGACACGGGUGUCUCUGAAAAGCUGCAGGAGACAGUUUGACAAUGUUAAGCAUGUGUUUAAAACGGUGGAAGACAUGAUGGGGUCCCUAGUGGAAAACAUUAGGACACUGUUUCUUAUAUCAGAAGAGUUGGCAAAAAAAUAUGCUGCAAUAGUGUUUAUCGCUAAUAACAGGUUUGAGACGGGGAAGAAGAAACUCCAUUAUUUGACCUUCGAAGACUUUGCUUUCUGUGCUGACCAAAUGAUGUCGCACUGGACGUCGAGGGCUAGAGGGGUGAAGACACUGACCAGUGAGGACAUUGAUACAGACCUGGACCGAGAUUUUCUUCAGGCUCUUAGAGAUGUCAAAGAACUGUCAGAUUAUGUGGAAGAACAUAAAAGCUUAGUGUUGCGCACACUUACAGGACUGAGUGACAGAGCUUUUACAGACAUUGAGCAAAAUUUUAAGAAUAUUUCAAAAGUAAUAGUUGGUAUAGGGAGUGGACUUAGCCAUAGUAAAGAAUCCAGGGAUUUAUUUUUGGAUUUAGUAGAAAAGUUUAUAGAGCCCUGUCGGCAAGCUAUGUGGACCAAAGAUGAUGUAGAGGCAUUCCUUAAUGCCUACCUAGAUACCAGUCACAUGGUAGAGCACUUUAGGUCUAAUCCUCAAAUGGCGAAGAUCUGGGACAGGUACAUGGUCAUGAUCACGGCCUGCAUUGUCCAGAUGUACCACAAGUGACAUGGUGGGCUGUAGUCAGGGCAAUGACACAGGACAAACCUUGGCUGUAGUCAUGGCAACAGAGGAUAAGCAACAAUUCGAACUGAGACAUGCUGUUGUCCGGUCAGUGACGCACAGGACAAACCUCGGCUGUUCUCAUGGUAACAGAAGAUAAGCAACUUGUUUGGAACUGAGACAGCAUAUGCUGCAGUUUGGGCAGCGUAAGAGGUCAAACCUUGGCUGUAGUCAUGGCAACAGAGGAUAAGCAACAGUUCAGAACUGAGACAGAGCACAUGCUGUUUUCAGGGUAGUGGCAGGGGGGAGGUAUUGUUAACAACUGUGACAGAGGAUAAGUAACAGUUUAAAUCUAAAGAAGCUAUAAACUACAGUUACUAAUGCAGCCGGGAUAAUCAAAGGACCAAAGUAUGGCAGGAAGGACAAAUGAAGGAACUGAACUGCAUUAAGGCCAAUAUUGGGGAAAAAUGCAGUUGUGACAAACGAAGAAAUAACAGUAAGGACAAAAAAAAAGAAUCGUAGCGAUAACAAUUGAAAGUCAUUAUUGGAGCGCUGUGUGCUGCUGUACCCUCACAAUAUAUUGCAAUGUACAGCAAAUGCACGGUGCACUUAUGAUGUGUAUGGAAUUUCAGAGUUGACACAGAUGUCAGCACUGUAUGCCAUUUCAAGAAGUUUUGAUAACAGUCCUGUGAAUCUGUCUAAAUUAUUUUCUAAUUUUUUGUAAUGGUAAUGAUUAUUAAAGGGCGUUGCUCCUGAUUUUGUUUUUGUUUGACCGAUUGUUUGAAUUGAUUGUGCCAUAAAGAGUGCGUGUUUGAAAAUGAUUGUUAAUUGAGCUCGAAAUAAUCGGUCUUUGCCUAUGACAUCCGUGAUGCAUUUAAUCUGCUUAUUGAAAUAUUUUGAA